AUGGCAUCUACUGUAGCAAAAGCAGUAGGUGUAGUAAAAGAUGUUUCUCCAAUGUAUUAUAGAAUUUUGUCGAAAUUUCCACAAAAUUUAAGUUUUUGCUUCGCUUAUGGAUCGGCUGUCAAGCCUCAAAUUGGUAAUCAGAAAAAACAUAAUAUGAUAGAUCUUAUCUAUUGCGUGGAGAAUUCAUACAGAUGGCAUGGUGCUAAUAUCGAAAUGAAUCCAUCCCAUUAUUCUGCACUUCGCUAUCUUGGCAAAGGUUUUGUUGCAAGAUUUCAGGAAAAUUGGGGAGCUAAAGUUUACUUCAACACAUUAGUGGAAAUGAAGGAAGAAAAUGUGACUAUCAAGUAUGGUGUUGUGUCCCAAAAGGACUUGAUUGCAGAUUUACUUGAUUGGAAUGAUCUUUACUUGGCUGGACGACUACACAAGCCAGUGGAAAUAAUAAAGCAGACCAAUAGUUCUCAACUACAAAAUGCUCUACAGUCCAAUUUGAGAUCUGCCGUUCAUACAGCUUUACUGAUAUUGCCUGAAACUUUUUCAGAAUAUGAUUUCUACUUUGCCAUUUCUAAUUUAAGUUAUGCUGGUGACUUUAGAAUGACAUUUGGUGAAAAUAAAAAUAAAGUGAGAAAUAUAGUUCAACCACAAUUAUUAAAUUUCCGUGAACUUUUUAGACCAAUAUUACAACAAUUUCAUGUCUAUGUAGAUUUUGCCACUGGUGAUACUCAAUGCCACCAAGAUAUUAACCCAGAAACUAAGUUACAUCAUCUCAUGCAGUUACCAAUGGUGCCACAGCAGAAAAUUGUAAAAUUUUGGAAUCACGGUGGUCUUCAGCAAGAUAUGGAAGAUGUACUUAGAGCUGUUGCUUAUGAUAUAGAUUGUGCUGUUAUUUUAAGGCAAAUUCUUAAAGAUAUAGUAUGGCAAUCUAGUGUGAGGCAAUCCUUAAAGGGUACUAUAAUGCUGUCUGAUGAAUCAAGUAGUGACUCUGAAACAGGUAGAUUUAAAUGUAGAACAAAGACUCAAGAUGAGACAGCACAAAAUUCCAAAUCAAAGGACAAUUCUUUUCUCUCAUCAAAAAAUGAUUUGAGAAGUUCAGGAAGAAAUAGGAGAUAUGAAAGUGAAAGAUAUCAAAGGGAUUUUGACAGGAAAAGAGACAAUCGGGGUGGAUUAGAACAUCAUGUAAGAGACAGACACAGAUAUUCUAGACACUCACCUGUAAGAAGGAGACAUUCUCGUGAGAGAAGUCGACAUAGAGAAUUUGAAAGACGAAGGUAUGAACGGGAUUCUAGAGAAAGAUCUAAAAUAAGUGAUCACAGAGGUGGCAGUGUGGAUAGAAUAUCUAGAUCCGAGUCUAAAACACACAGGUCUCCAAAACAUAACAAAAUCAUAAAAGAAAUUAUAAAAAGUAAUAUAACAGAUAAAAAGCCUGACAAAGUUGAAAUAAAACAAAGAGAAAAAAGAUCCUCAUCUGCAGAUAAUAAGACAAAAAGGUCUGAGGUGUUUAAACCAGCUACCGUUGAUUUGUCACAUCGAAAAAGUAAAAGUCCUAUUGUUGAAGUUCAUGUGGAAAGUGAUGUUUCUGAAGAAGUUAAACCUGGUUCAUAUUAUAGUAUGAUCCCAGCUAUUGUAAAAGAAAAGUCAGAAGAAUCAAGUGAAAUUGAUUCUUCAGAUGAUGAAAGACUCAGAGCAAAACUUUUAAACUUAGAAAAAGAAAUCAGUAAGACCAAAAAGAAAAAGCAUAAAAAGAAACACAGAAAAAAAAGGAGCAAAUCUAGUAAAGAGAAAACUCAGGACUCAACAGUUUCAGUGGAAGUCAGCAGUACAACUGAUAUUCAGGAUAAAAUAAGUAAUCAAAAUGUAAAUGUGACUGAAACUACAGAGGUAACAUCAACACAGAAAUGCUUUCAAAAAGAGAGCAGUGAAGAAGGUGAGAUUUUAAGUGAUGAUGAAGCAGAAAGUUGUCUUAACAUUGAUCCCAGUGAUUUACGGCAUAAAUUAAAAAAAUCUACAGCACAAGCUAAAAAAUCAGAUGUUUGCGGACCUGCUCUACCUCCACAUUUAGAGAAAAGAUAUGAAAAAAGUGCCUCUCCUGAUACAGAAGGCCCAGCAUUACCUCCUUAUCUAAAAAGAAAACCUCGGCAUCUAGGUCCAUCAAUUCCACAGGAUAUGCGUAAGGUGCUUGAAGAAAGGAGUCAAGAAGUAAUAAAAUUUGAAAGUUCUGAAGAAGAUAUUUGUAUUGUUGGUCCAUUACCAGUAGGUUCAGAAGAAAAAUGGACCCAUGCUCACAAGCAGCUUGAAGAAAGAGCACUAGACAUAAAAAUAAAGAAGAUGGAUGGUCAUUCACUAAGUCAAACAGAUAUAAAAUCGAGAGAAAAGUGGAUGUUGGAAUUACCAGAAGGGAAAGCAAAAUAUUUAGGACUGGAAGCCCGCUCUUUUAGAGCCAAAGAAGGUCCAGACAUGACAGAUAGGUCAAGUUGGACUGAUACGCCAGAAGAAAAAGCUCGUAAAGCAGCUGGUCUAGUAAAGGAAGAAGAUGCCGAUGCUGCUUUACAUAGAGAAGCCAAGAAUAAGCAGAUUGCAACAAGAGAUGAAGAGCAAGAGAAGGCUAUUCGAAAACACAAGAAAAAGCACAAACGAGAUGAAAGUCUACUAGAGAUGCACCAAAAGAAAUUGAAAAAGAAGAAAAAGAAAGACGACAAAGAAGAUGAUAAGCCAGAACGUAGACCGUUUAGUCGUGACGUUGACUUGCAAGUUAACCGCUUUGAUGAAGCACAAAAGAAGUCGAUCAUCAAGAAGGCGCAAGACUUAAAUUCGAGGUUUUCGCGCGGUGAAGCAAAGUAUUUGUGA